UGCACUCAGGGAACGUGGAGCCUCAUUCAUUGUUACCGCCUCAUUAAUAUUCUCUCAGCGGGGAGUUGGAGUGCAGAGACCGUUCAAAUGUGCUGAAGUUUGAGAGGCUGAAUGGGAUUUCGCUGUCACAUCGUUUUUAGCAGUGAAAACAAAUCCUCCCUCGAAUCUACAAUAAAUCAAGACUCCCAAGCAUGGCAAGAGCAAAGACAUUUCAGGUGUGAAGAAGUGAGUCAUUCCAUAUCCAAGCACCUGCACUAGAAUACAUGAGGAGUAACCUCCCUACAUCCCGGACGUGACCCCCAUUCAUCUACGUACUUUCAGCUGGAAUCAUUUGAUGUGGGAAAAACACAAUGAUCACUAUGUUUCGAACCUGCCUGAGAGGGAUCUACAGUUGCCACUGGAACCAGAGAAGUAAUGAACAAAAAAGUGAUCGCUGCUGGCUCUCAUUUCUGUCUUUUGUGUCCAUACUUGCCCUGAGCUGGAUGUACAUCUGUUUUAUCGCCUUCAACGACCACUACGAUGUAAACAAUGAACUCUUCAAAGCAGUGAAAAAAUGGGUGAACUGGUACAUGAUAGUGAUGAUCAUUUCAGCUGUGCUUGCCAUAUACUGCUUGCUUUUACUGGUAUUUGGAUUGCUACAUCUAGCCAUCAAAGAACCAUUGAAUUUACACUGUCUGCAUAAGGUGUUUCUGUUUUUGGGUCUCCUCGCUGUUACGUUGGAAACAGCUGGAUUUUGUUUCAAAUGGGAGAAGCAGUGGAAAGCCAUCUACAUGUCCUUUCAGGCUACUGCUCCUUUCCUGCAGCUGAGUGCUGUGGUGGCAUUAACUGUGAUCAGCUGCCUCGUCUUCCAGAGCUAUCAUAGAGCUAAAACAACUGCUUGUAAGAUUUUCAUAAUGAUGACCUUCCUGGUUGUGUCCGCUGCUGUGUUCCUGUGUCCUCUUGCAAUCUGCUCUCCAUGCAUUACCAGUAAUCUGCCCCCAAAACCUGCCCUCAUUGGACAUCGCGGUGCUCCCAUGCUGGCUCCAGAGAACACUUUGAUGUCCUUCAGGAAGAGUCUUGAGUUUGGUGUGGUGGCAUUUGAAACAGAUGUGCAACUUAGUAAGGACAAGAAGCCAUUUUUAAUGCAUGACUGUGGUAAGAAUUUUCUGCUGCGAACAACUGAUGUAAAGGAUAAGUUUCCAGGUCGAGAUGGAAGCAACAACUUCACAUUGCAAGAGUUAAAAACGUUAAAUGCAGGCAAAUGGUUUUCAAGGUCGGAUCCAUUUUGGACUCUGUCAUCACUUUCAGAGGAAGAGAGGAGGGAAGCUGACAACCAGACAGUGCCAUCUCUUUCUGAGCUCUUAGACCUGGUCAAAAAACAUAAUGUAUCCCUCAUAUUUGACCUGAAAAAUGAAAACAACUCAACGGUAUUUCAAAGCAGUGACUCCUUCUACACCACUGAAACGAUCAAUAAAUUAGGCAUCUCACCUGACAAGAUAUGGUGGCUUCCCCCAGAAUAUAGACACGACGUGAUGAAGAUGGAACCAGGCUUCAAGCAGGUGUAUAAUAAGCAAAAGGAAAUGCUUAUGGACGGUGGAAACUUCAUGAAUAUGAACUUCAGUUCACUUAGUGCGCUUGAAAUAAGUGAGCUGCGGAAAAGCAAUGUGUCUGUGAAUCUCUGGGUUGUGAAUGAGCGCUGGCUGUUUUCAUUACUCUGGUGCUCUGGGGUCAGUUCAGUGACCACCAAUGCCUGCCACCUCUUCAAAGACAUGUCUAAGCCUGACUGGCAUCUGGAACCUAAUAUGUACAAAGGAAUAUGGAUCGCGACUGACAUAGUAUCAUUGCUGUUAAUGAUUGGGCUGUUCCUUUGGCAAAGAAGGAGACUGACUGGUGAUUGGUCAACAGGCAUUUAUUGAACACAACACAGCCGGAGAAGAAAGAGCUACAUUUAUCCUCCAAACACAAGUGAGAAAGGCAUCCCGCUGCUUGCUCUCUGAGUGAUGUCAUCCUUUCCAGGAAUGGGCAUUUCCUUGUUUCAGUAUUUGGAUGAUUGUGUGGUCAGAAAAACACACCACAUUAAAUGUGACAUAAUUUGCUUGUGCAGAGCUGGCACCAGCUAACAAAACAAGUCAUUUCAGACAUUUGAUUUGUAAAAUCAGAAUUGUUAGUAUCACACAUCAGUGCUUUUGUACAUGUUUGAUUUUAUGAAACUUUGAGCCAUUCAAAAAAAGCAACUACUUUAAAAUUUAGUUCUACUUUUUUUUUUGCUACUUUGUCUACAACUACUGUACACGUUCAUUUAGCUGAUCUGAUCUGAAUGUACUUUUUGUUUUAUACUGAGCCUAUAAAAUAUUCAUCACAACACUUCAUGACACCUUAGAAAGACACUUAAUAUACAUAAAGUGAACCAUAAUGUUUAUAAUCAUGUAUAGAUGUUUUUAUGAUAAUUUUAAUGUACUUUUUAUUGAUACUUCAAUGGAAAAUAUGGGCAUUUAUCAACUCACUUUGACAAGUUAUUUGUGAAAAACUGGGAGAAAUACCUCUCUUCUCUCAUUCUGUCUCUUUCAAAUUGCAUUAGAGGCCAAGGUUGGUUGAAUUUCUUUUUGUUGGUACAGGGGUCAUUUUGGAGUCAUAAUUAUUGCAAUGUAUUCUCUGUUUGUAAUUCAUAUGAAAUUAGUGUAUUUGUGAUUAAAUAAUAAUAAUAGUCAUUUUUAGAUGUAAAUAUUUUUUUAUUGAACAAGAGAACAUAAACUGAUAAAUACUUAAAGACUACCAAGGUAAAGUCUAGAUAGGAUACAGCUGCGGAUAUGCAUGUCAAUAUAGCAUUAUUUUUAUGACACUGUAUAGCAAUAAUCCAUAUUUUUACAGCACUGUGAUGGUUGGGUUUAGGGUUAGGGUAGGGGUAGACAUUAAAAAUACAAUUUAUUGGGUAAUUCAAUAAAUAACAUUAAUAAUACUUGAUACAACUACUGUUUUUACGUUACUGUGAUGGUUGGGGUUAUGGCUGGGGUGGGGGUGGACAUUAAUAAAAUACAAUUAAUGGAAAAUUUCCAUUCAAUUCGUUAACUUCUGGCUGCAACCAUCUCUAGCAACCAACUACCAACCAGCCCUGGUCUCCUGUAAUGGUAGCUAUACAAUUUAUUUUGUACUGUUAAAUGUGAAUUUCUUGUAUAAAAUGUUGUUUAUGUUUA